AUUCACGCACACGACACCAGUCGCAUUCCAAAACAAGCAACGAGGACGAGGCACAUGGAUUCAUCACUAUACCAGCUCUGGCAGGAGUCGUCUAGCGACCUCUUCCAACCAGCCCUGGCCAAGGGCAACCAGACCCUCGCCGCCGCCCUUCUGCUCGCCCUCGGCAUUACUUCGACCGGCCUCUUCGCGUUGAGUAGGUUACACCCUGCAAAACUCACUCGAGACGAUGUUUCUCGCUCAGAGGCGCUCACGUUCAUUUCCAUUUUAGACCGUUCGUUCGUUCGGUGUGGUCUACUUGUUCUGCGCAGUUGGGGUUUAUGUUUAAGAAGAAGUGCAAGAUACCCGCUCCAGAACCGGAGCACUAUCCGUAACCUUAGUCGGCUAUUCGCUAUAACAAACACAAACAACAUGGCGGAUGCUGCGAGGUCGCAGUCGGGUCCUGGACUCUUCAGGGCCGUAACGAGCUCUACUCGUCCAUUACAUCAGCUUUUGAGGGCAAUAAGCUUCACAAACAAGAUUCACGUUGAAAUUUCUGAAGAUGGUAUCCGGUUCACGGCCGAGCAUGCUCGUGUUAUGCAAGGAGUUGCUUCUCUGAACAAGACCCUUUUCAGUACUUUUAUCUUGAACCUUCCCGAGGCGGCUGCUCAAGGUGAAGAAGAAGAUGAGAACGCGCCCUUAGUUCCCAAUUUCCAAAUCUCUCUUCCAGCGCUCAUAGAAACACUACAGCUUUUUGGUCUGGCGGAUGCAGCUGCUCGGCAGGCCAAAAAUGAGGCGGAUCCUUACCGCAGCAACUUGAGAAACUAUCGCCCUGAUGCCUUUAGCAACCAAACCCUGGGCGUUGCGGGUACUUGCUGUCUUUCUUACUCGGAAGAGGGUGCGCCAUUCAGCAUCAACAUGGAAGAAGCGGGCGUCAACACCACCUGCAACCUGGUGACAUACCUCCCCAACGCCCCCGAUGAUAUUCCCUUUGACCGCGACGACAUAUCGUUCAAGGUCAUUAUGCAGUCGCGCUGGCUCCUAGACGCUCUGGCUGAACUGGCGCCCACCUCGCCCAACCGGCUGACCAUCACGGCAUCGAAACGCGAACCGUUCCUCCGCCUCUCAGGCUCAGGGCCCCUGGGCAGCUCAAGCGUGGACUUUUCCAGGGGCAGGGACCUGCUCGAGACGUUUUCGGUGCGGGAGCGCUGGGUACAGAGCUUCAAGUUUGAUAUUGUCAAGUCUGCAAGCGAGGCGAUGCGCAUCUCGAGCAAGGUGAGCCUUAGGGGUGAUGGGCAGGGCGUGUUGAACUUUCAGUUCAUGGUCGAGGUUGAGGGCGGUGGGAUGCAGUGGUUGGAGUUUCGCUUCGUGCCGUACCUCACCGGGGACGAAGACGAGGAGGAGGAUGCCGCCGCCCCUGAGGAUGACGAGGAUGAUGAUGGACAAGAGUGA